GAGAUUUCGUUGCCCUUCUUAGCGCGGCGGCGAGCUCCCGGCGUCCUUUUUAUGCCUCGUGCGUCUUAGGAUUUGUGAGCGUCUCUGCAAGUGUGGAAGAGAGCGCGUGAUAUUAAAGAUAUACAUUUAAAUUCAAGAGUAAUGGAUGAAACUCAGAAUUUGAAAAGAAAUUCAAAGAACACCUCUUUGACUUCAGCUGAUUCACUGGUAAACAAUGAAAGUGAUGAUUCAGAUUCUAGCAGCAGUUUAUUCAAAACUCAGUGUGAUCCCAACCCGCCACUCCAAAAACCAAGAAGGGUAUCUACCUCGAAUAUGAUACGGUUACCUGCAACUAUUAAGUUGCAGAAUAACUCAAGUGACUCUUCUUCAGAAGCAGAACCAUUUAAUUUGUAUGUUGUUUUUGAAAAUUGGAAGAAAAAGAAAAGGAAGAGAAAGAGAAAAUACAAGCCUACUGGAAGGCCAAGGGGAAGGCCAAAAGGAAGCUUAAAUAAGCACCCAUCUGUAGGCAUUUUACCAAAAAAAAGGGAAUUGUUCAAAGAUAAAGGUUUACAGUUCCCUUUGGUGGAAUCAGAGAAUGGAAAGAAACCAUUACAUUGGAAGAAAAUCUUAGGCUAUGAGCAAGCAGUUGCAAGAGGGUUUUUCAACUAUGUUAAGGAACAGAAAUGUGAAUCCCACAUCAGAGAAGCUUUGAAGCAUAUGGAUGUUGAAGAUUUAGAAAAAGAAGACUUCAGUGUACGAAGAUACAAAUAUUUAGAUGAUGAUGGAUCUAUUUCUCCUAUAGAAGAACCCGAUGUGGAAGACCAGUUAGAUCAUCCAGAUGAAUGUGAUGUUAAAUUAGUGGACAACAGUUGUUUCAUAAUAAGUACUGAACUCCCCAAGAAGACAAAUGUGAAAAAGAGUACUAAAAAGAAUGCUAAAAAGAGUAGAAAUGACUCUCAAGAAAACAAUUGCAAGAAAGGUCAAACAGAUUUGCCCGGGAAAAAGAAAAAGUCCAUGGACAAAGGGAAAGUAAAUGGAAUUUGCAUUGAGGAACUCAGUGAUUAAAGCCAUGAGAAUUUUUCAAGAAUGAAAUUUCUGGUCUUUAUAGUAAUGCCAGUUGCUGUUUUCUUUGGAUGUUUUUAGCUUGUCUUCCAAGGGAAUUCACAAGAUAUUCUUGCCUUAUGGUCAACGGGGAUUUGGAUCAGGGCUUGUGAAAACAGAAAGAUUGUUGCUCCCUUAGUCCUGGGUUUAAGACGUCUCAAUACAGCCUAUUAAAAACUCAGGGACCUGGAAACCUGUUUGAUUGGGAAAUUGCCAAAUGAAAUAAUUUGUGAAAGGUCAAAGAUGGAUGCAUAUCGGGCCAGUUUUCAAUAUUCUAAGUAAAUUUACAUCAACAUGCGUUACCAACCACAAAGGAGCAGAAAGGAAAAGACCUAGCUCUAAAGGAUGAGCCUGACAUACACUGAAGCAAGUUAUGCUGCAACUUAAACAUGUUAGAAUGUUUCAAGUUGGGUAGAGAAUGGAGAAAGACAAGGCAGCUGGAGGAAAAAAGCAAGUCAUCAGAAAACUGUUCAGUCUGAGAUGCCAUUCAUGUUCCAGAUUAUCUAGAGAAGCAAUUUUAAAAAUGAAUUGGUUUCUUAUGAAAUUUAUGUAAAUGUCAAUGAAAUAUAAAUAAAGGAAUAAAAAUUGUCA